UCGGUCAACCAGGUGAAGUGGUGUGCACAAUUUUACCUCGGUCCGAGAAAAUUUUCAUUUUUUUGACGUAAUUCUAGUCUUCAACUGAAUUUUUCGGUCUGGAAUCUGUUCCAAUGCAUAAACACUCAUUAAACUACGGGUUACCUUGGUGGGAUAAUGAGUGCACCAACGCUAUUAAAAGGAAAAGACAAGCAUUCAGAGACUAUAAAAACAACCCCUCUGAGACCAACUUCCUGGAAUCAUUAAGAACCCGGGCACAAACAAGACAGCUGCUACGUAAGAAGAAAAAGGAAUGCUUUGUCAACUUUUGUGAGAAUCUAUCUCCAAAUACUAGUGCAAAAGAAGUUUGGAGCAGUAUUAGAAGGUUUGCUAAAGGUAUCAGGUACCAAAAUUAUCAUUUUCCCUUGAAUUUCUCAAUCCCACAAGAUAUGUUUGAUCUUUUGACGCAACCUCCCUCUAGGUUGCCUAAUAUCCCCGAAUGUCGCUUCUCAUCAGAAUAUACAGAAGACUUCCAUAUCUCAGAAUUUGUCGCGGCCGUUAAAGGUCGGAAGAGCAAGAGUCCCGGUGUGGAUAAAGUACCUUUCAGUGUGCUCAGCCAUCUCCCUGUUGAAGGAGCAGUCUUUCUUAUCAAAUUUUUCAACAAAAUACUUCGGAGGGAAACCACCAUUCCAGAGACGUGGAAAACCCAAAUGGUGAUCGCAAUUCCUAAACCGGGGAGAGACCCCUCAGCGUUAUCGUCCUACAGGCCCAUCAACCUAGCUUCUUGCAUAAGCAAAACUUUUGAAAUUAUGAUCAAAAACCGACUGGAAUGGUUCGUAGAGAACCAAGGUUUAAUAGACGUUCGCCAAACCGGUUUCAGAAAGGGUAAGGGAACUUUCGACAAUCUUGCAGUUAUCUCCUCAGAGGUCCUCUGCCGUUUGGCUCUCAAUCAACUAGCAGCAAUGGUGACUUUGGACAUAUCCAAUGCCUACGAUAAUAUAAAUGUUGACUUAUUGACCUCGGUGUUGGCCAAAAUUGGAAUCGCCAGAGAUUUGACUUUGCUCAUUAAAGAUUUUCUCACGAACAGGAAGAUACAAGUUAAAGAUCCAUCUACUAAUACAUUCGUGUCAGGCAGAACCACUAGCAAGGGAGUUCCCCAAGGUUCCCCUCUCUCUCCAUUACUAUUUAAUAUUUACAUCAAUUCAAUCAAAGAAACAAUUCCUGAGAACAUAAGACUUUUACAGUUUGCGGACGAUACCGCCUUGCUGAGUACUGGGACUGAUGCCCAAACAAUAGUGAACAAUUUGAAUAGAACUUUGCAAAAUAUACAUAUUUGGUCUUUGAAUGUAGGACUUGAGAUUAACCCCAAUAAAUCUGCAGCUAUAUUUUUUUCCAGGAAGAAUUUCAAGGUUAAUUAUCUCCCCAGACUUCACCUCAACACUCGAACCAUUGCAUGGACAAAUUCCAUCACAUAUCUAGGAGUGAUUUUUGAUCCAAAACUGUCAUGGGAGUCACAAAUUAGAAAUAUGAUACAGAAAGCUUCAGGUGGGUUGAAUAUGAUGCGAUUUAUAAGUAGAAUCUGGUGGGGGGCACAUCCCUCUACCCUUCUAACUUUUUACAAAGCUUAUGUUAGACCCCAUUUGGAUUAUGGAGCCUCUUUUUUGGGUGGUAGCUCAAGAAAGUCUAUUGCUCAACUUAACAAAAUUCAAUUUGAGGCACUGAGAAUAGCUCUGGGAUAUAUGAAGUCCACACCUACUAACAUACUUCUAGGGGAAGCAAGUGAAAUGGAUUUAGAACACAGAAGAUACAUGCUAGCGACUAAAUCAUUAUUGAAAGCUGCCAGUUUAGUGGACAGUGAAACCUUAGCUGCGGUUAGAUGGUUAUAUAUCACCUAUAAUGAAAACUAUUACUUUUUUCGGAAAAAGAGUAUUCCUGCACUUGUGGAUGCUUUUGAAAGAGUUGAUUCACUGUUAGAUACACUUUACAGGAGCCCAGUUUAUCCCUGUUUUUCUUGCCCACUGCCGAACCUUUUAAGCUCUGUUCAAAUCCAAGACUUAAAACUAAAGAAAGAUAAUAAUAACUCCAAAUUAUUUGAAAUUAAGAAGAGCGAGACUUGGACCCCAGAUUUUCAUUUAAUUUUUACAGACGCCUCAAAAGAUAAAGAAGGCCGAGUAGGUUUUGGCGUUUACAACUACAAUACGAACCUUAAAAUGGGACAAGGCCUACCAAGUGAACUAUCCAUUUGCUCUGCCGAGAUUUAUGCUAUUGGUCAAGCUCUUGAUUGGAUUGAAUUCAAGGACAUCAACAAAGCAGUCAUCCUUUCAGACUCCAAAAGUGCCCUCGAAGAUAUCAAUAAAACUGGGAUGGAUGCAAAGUCUAACUACCUAACCUUGCAGGUUAAGAAUAAACUAUUUACCUUAAUAAAAACGCAAAAUAAGGACAUCCAAUUAUGCUGGAUACCAAGCCAUACCAGUAUAAAAGAAAACGAUAUUGCGGACCAGAUCGCCAAUGCUGCACGCCUGGAACCACAGGAAAAUAUAAAAUUGAGCUUUAGGGAAUUCUUCCCUAAAUUAAAGCAUAACAUCUGGAAUGCUUGGAGCGACAGAUGGAAACAUAUAGGAUUAGGGAAAGGAGUUAAUUUCACCUCACAUUAUUCUACUCCGCCAACUAAACCCUGGUUUCAUAAGCUCGACCUGAAUAGAAGAGAAAUCACAACUAUGUGUAGACUGAGAAGCAACCAUUGCUGUUCUCCGGCUCACCUAAAUAGAAUCAAAGUCAAACUCUCCGGAGACUGUGAAUGUGGAGAACUGGGCGAUUUAAGUCAUGUGCUGUUUGAUUGUGCUCUUCAUUGGGAAAAAUCACAACAGUUGUAUGAGUCACUCAUUAGUGCUAAUUUUCCUUCGCCUCUGCAUAUUAAUUCCAUUUUAUUUCACCGCACUCAGUUGGAUUUUGCUGCUAGAAUUGUUUGCCGCUUUUUAGAUGCAUGUGGAUUAAAACUUUGAAUAUUGUUUUCACAUUUUCUAAUUCUUUCGUCCAUUUUUUUUUUCCUGUAUAGCCGUCCAGUAGGAUGAUGGUAUCACCCAGACCCUCUUUACGGAGGCAUCCUUCAUGGAAAUAGUUUAUUGCACACCACUACCGAGAAGCUGGCCGAAUUGCCUUAGCAGCAGUGGCCAAAUAAAGCGUAAAUAAAAAAAAAAAAAAAAAAAACCUAUAAUGUUUUCAAAUGUUAAAAUUGUUUUUUAAUUAUUAUUUCUCCCAUACUACAGACAGUUGGAGCAAAUAACAAAGUUGCUUGAUAUGAAUAAAAACGCUGUAAAAGAAGGAUUGAAAAAAUACUUUAAGUUUGAAACCUUUAAGUCCAAGUUGCAGGAAGAAGCAAUAAUAGAAAUAUGUCAAAGAAAACGCGAUGUCUACGUUUCGAUGCCCACAGGUUCAGGAAAAUCCCUUUGUUAUCAACUGCCUGCAGUGUUACAUGAUAGUAUGAUAACUAUAGUCUUCUCUCCACUAUUGGCACUUAUAAAAGAUCAGGUGGAUGCUUUGAUCACUUUAAAAAUCAGGGCGGCAUCUUUAAACUCAAAAAUUUCAAAAGCCGAAAGGGAGAGACUCAUAAGUGAUUUAAAAUCAACAUCCCCAAAUACAAGAUUACUUUAUGUUACGCCUGAACAAGCUGCCACCAGAACUUUCAAGGACUUGUUUAACAAUUUGUACAGGUUUAAUAAGGUAGCGUACAUAGUGGUGGAUGAGGCGCAUUGUGUGAGUGAGUGGGGUCAUGAUUUUCGGCCCGAUUAUCUAAAACUUGGGAAUCUACGUGAGAAUUGUAAUGUCCCUUGUAUCGCUUUGACGGCUACAGCCGGCGCACAAGUGACGCAAGAUAUAAUCAACAGUCUUCAUCUGUCGGAAGAUCACAAAGUCUUCAAAACUUCAUGCUUUAGGAGCAACCUAUUUUAUGAUGUAUUCUUCCCAAACAUUCUGGAAAAUCAAUUUCUGCAUCUUAAAAGCUUUAUAGCUGUGUGCCUUAAUGUUGGGCAGGAAAAUGAGGUGCCCAAAGAAAAAAAAUCCUGUGGCAUAAUUUACUGCCGAACAAGAGAACAAACAGAAGUCUUGGCUUCAAAGUUGAAUCAAAUGCAAAUUAAAACGCUUUGCUAUCAUGCUGGCCUAAAAAAUCAUGAAAGGAUUGAGUUUCAGGAGAAAUGGCAACAUGGAGAUAUUCCAGUCAUUUGUGCCACUAUAAGUUUUGGAAUGGGAGUUGAUAAAGCCACUGUUAGAUUUGUAAUUCAUUGGGGAGUUCCCAAAGACCCUGCCUCAUUUUAUCAGGAAUCUGGCAGAGCUGGUAGAGAUGGCAAACCAUCUUGGUGUCGGGUUUAUUAUAACCGGGGAGAUGCUAAAGCUGUUGAGUACCAUUUAACUCAUGAUUUAGCCAAAUCUGGAAACAAAGAAGGCAAAAAAAUAAAGGCCGAAAAUGCUUUAAAAGGUUUCAGACAAGUGGUUGAAUUUUGUGAAAAUCCUCAAGACUGCAGACACAAGCUGUUCUCCAACUACUUCGGGGAACCACCACCCAACUGCCGCAACAUGUGCGACUUUUGCAAAGAUAAAAAAUCGGUGAUGGAAAUGGUCGAAAGGUUUGUGUUAAAGAGCGUUCAGUAUAGCACACACGCAAGCUCUUAUAAUGAAAUGGACUAUGGAGACUUGUACGGCGAAGGACGCAAAGGAAUCGGGGACGAGAGUCGUAACUAUGAAGAUGGCGAUAGUGAUGGAGACAAUAACGCGUUCGAACGACAACAAGCCGUCAAAAAAGAAGUUACCACUCUGAUUCAAAAACAAUUUGCCUUAAGAAGAAAUCCACAGGAAAUGUCUCAAAAUACCAUCGAUGAGCUUUUAUCCAAGCAUGCUCGCGUCAAAGCUGCAAGUUCGAGCUCCACUAAAGUCAAAGGUUUAACUUUGGCCACAAGAGAGCAAUAUUUGAGUAAAAUCGUGGAUAUCUUGUAUUUGAACUAUAUGGAGUGUGAACAGAGAGAUAGUCAGGCAUUGGAUAAAAAAGAUGUCGAAGAUUGCUCUGUUGAUUUAGAGUACCAAGUGUUUUCAUCAACUACAUCUAUGACUAUGUACAGGAAUGGAAUCGCAAAAUUGAUCUCUGGUAUCAAAAAAUGCACCGAUAGUAAAUUAGUGCACGAGAAACUAGUGGAUUUUCAACCGAAGCCUGCCAAAUAUGAAACUUUAACUGAUCUGUUUCGUAACAUUAAAAAAGAGCAGCACAACAAGGUGAAAGAUGAUGGUCCCAAGAGCCAAGGAUUUAAGACUGCAAAAGAAUUGUUAAAUGAAAGUGGUAACAAUAAUAAGAAAACUAUUGUUGAUUUCUUCAAGAGUAAUGUAAAACAAGAUAUGUCUCAGAAACAUAAAUCAACAGAUAUGAAGGUGUUGUUUGGUGAUUCAGAAGGUGAAGAAAGUGGUGUUAGCCCCAAAAAUGAAUCUUCCAACAGCCAUAAACAUAAAUCCCAUACAACAGAAAAAGAUAGUCAUCACAAACAUGACAGGCAUAAAGAUAGGCACAAACACAAACAUCAUAGACAUGAUGCCGAUAAGAAAAGGAGACACAGCCCAGAUAAAGAACAUAAUGACGAGAAAAAACGAAGGCAUAGUUUUGAUAAAGAGCAUGAAGAUAGCAAAAGAAGUAGACAUAGCUCUGAUCAAGAUUACAAGGAUGAUAAAAAGAGAAGUUACAGUUCAGAAAGAGAGGAGCCGCAGCGUUCAAAUGGAGAUGAGAAAAUAAAAGAUGAAUAUGACCUUAAUGAUUCUGAUUUUGUUAUAAGUACUGAAGGCAUGAAUGAAUCAAAUGGAUUUGAAAUAAAUGAAAGUGCAAUGGAUUCAGAUGGGUUAGUAGUAAAUGAAAGCAAAUAUGUGAACAACAGUGAUGAGUUAAAACAAUUAGAAGAAAAACGAUCUAUCCAAAAUGGUGAGAGCAGUAAACCGAAAUUAAAAAGACUAGGAAAAAACGAAGUUGGGACACUGGUUGUAAAACUUUUGACUCCAGCAUAUGUCGAGAGACGAUUUGAGUCAAGGGAUCUCUUUAAGAGUGUAGCCAGAAGUAUAUCCCAUGCUUUAGUGGAUAAAGAUGAAAACCAAGUGAAAGAGUAUAUUGACAACUUUUUAAAGAAGAACACAGAAAUUACAUCACAAACUAUUAUUGUAUAGUGUGUGAGACAUGAGUUAAAGUUUUUUUUUAAAGAGUUCUAAGACAGUCAUGAUAGCUGGUACUGUUGAUUUGUUUUUUUUUCAGUGGUGAUACCUGUGCGAGUUAGAUUGAUUUACAUUUUAAGGAGGAAAAACAAUACCGCAUUGUCAGUUUUACAUAUAGUUCUUGAUUGGCAUUUAAUUGGUACUUAUAUAUUUUCACCGCCUUCGGUUUAAGUUGUAUGGAUAUUUCUUUAGGAAUGAAGAAUAAUUACUUGAAACUUAUUUUUUAUCGAAGAGUAGCAAUAAUAUCCUGUUUGCCUGAGUUUUUUUUUAUAUAUUUUCUUCUAUUGGGUAUUGUAUAUAGGUAUGCAGUGUUUUGCCUUUUAUAUAGUUCUAAUUGCGUACAUGCAAAUUUAUAUAGAAAUAUAUGCUGUAUAAAUGACUAAAACAAUUAACAAAUGA